AUGCGCCACGCGCUCGUUUAUAGAAGCACUGGUGUCGUCGCAGCCGCUAGCAGCAGCACGAUCGUUCUUCCGUUCGCCUCGCGCCCUGCAGCAGCAGCGGGGUUGAUCGCGUCGUCAGCGUCCGCAGCUGCUACCGCCUCCGCCAACGCCGCCUCUGUCGCUCUCCGGGUUUCUCGCUGCUUCUCCGCUCUUGCGCAACCAGCCGUUGCGCAGGUCCGGUCGAUGGAAUCUCCGCUGAUGGGCAGCGGAGCGGCGUUUACGGCCGUCAGUAGGGAUGGCGGAGCGAGACCGGCAUUGGCAGCCGCCCCCGCCGCUUCCGCCUCCGCUAACCGCGGAUCGCCCGCUGCUACCGCUUCUGCCGGCUCCGCAGGGGGAGCGGCGGCGGAGGUUGAGGUCGAUCCGAACACGACGCUACCGGUGCCUGUGCAGACGGACAGUCUACCCGCCAUGCCUGAAACGCGCCCCGUGAUCGAAGAUGUGCCGCACCUUGCGAACUGGAUUCCGGAUCUCCGGCUGUAUCCAAGUCCGCUGCAGCGCAACCCCGCAUACGCACACGUGGAGACGUUCUUCGUGGAGGAGGAUCAGGUGGUGAGUCGCGAGGUGAUCACGUCCAUCAACAACAUCGGCACCGGCGUCUUCUUCCGCAAAGCCGGCCCCAGAGAAAAGAUCGUGUUCCACCCGGACGAGGUGCGCGCGGCGAUCGUGACGUGCGGCGGGCUGUGUCCGGGCAUCAACACGGUCAUCCGCGAGCUCGUGUGGGGGCUCUGGUUCCAAUACGGCGUGCGCGACAUCCUCGGGAUUGACGGCGGGUACCGCGGGAUCUACUCGCGCAACGUGGUGUCGCUGAACCCCAAGGUGGUGAACGACAUCCACAAGCGCGGCGGCACGUUCCUGGGCACGUCGCGCGGCGGCCACGAGGUCAACAAGAUCGUCAACGCGCUCGAGGACCGCGGUAUUAACCAGAUCUAUGUGAUUGGAGGGGAUGGCACGCAGAGAGGCGCCGAGAAAAUUCACGAGGAGAUAGCAGCGCGGGGGCUGAAGGUAACAGUGGCGGGCAUUCCGAAGACGAUAGACAACGACCUGGCGCUGAUCGACAAGUCGUUUGGCUUUGACACCGCCGUGGAGGAGGCCCAGCGCGCCAUCAACGCCGCGCACGUGGAGGCCAGCUCCGUGCACAACGGCGUGGGGCUCGUCAAGCUCAUGGGGCGCUUCUGCGGUCAAAUCGCCAUGCAUGCAACUCUUGCCAGCCGGGACGUGGACUGCUGCCUGAUCCCGGAAGUGCCGUUCCACCUGGAGGGCGACGGGGGUCUCUUUGAGUUCCUCAAGCGCCGCCUGCGGGAGAGCGGCCACGCCGUGCUCGUCGUGGCAGAGGGCGCCGGGCAAGACCUCAUGGCUGAGGCUCUGGAUCUCCAGCCAUCCCCCUCCUCCUUCAACCCUGCGCCCUUCUCCUCGUCCUUUGCUGCGUCUGCGCCCUUCCCGUCGGCGUCCGCAUGUGUGGGUGCAUGGGUGGGUGCAUGGAUGGGUGCAUGGGUGGGUGCAUGGAUGGGUGCAUGGAUGGGUGCAUGGAUGGGUGCAUGGAUGGGUGCAUGGUUGGGUGCAUGGGUGGUGCAUGGCUGGGUGCAUUGGUGGUGCAUGGAUGGGUGCAUGGGUGGUUGGAUCUCCCCUCAUCACAUGCAGGCCCAUUUUGCCAAGUCUCGCAUCGAGCUCAACCUCAAAUACAUUGACCCCACGUACAUGAUUAGAGCGGUGCCAGCGAAUGCGAGUGACAACAUCUACUGCACACUGCUGGCACACAGUGCCAUCCACGGCGCCAUGGCCGGCUUCACUGGCUUCACCGUCGGCCCCAUCAACGGCCGCCAUGCCUACAUCCCCAUCAAGUGUGUAUCGGAGAAGAGCAACACAGUGUCUCUGACGGACCGCAUGUGGGCGCGGCUACUCUCCUCCACGAGCCAGCCCACGUUCCUGCGCUACGACGACCACCACCUGCACCACCAGCAGCGCCUGCUGCAGGCGCAGCAGGAGCACCGGCAGGCGCUGCGCGAGCGCGAGGGCGACGAGGAGGGAAGGCUGCUCGGGCCGAGUCGGAGGGAUCAGAUCAGUGAGAUGGACGGCGGCCGCGGCAUGGGCGGUGGUGGGGGUGGCUGGGGCGGGAGAUGA